CUUCCCCCACUGGCCCACUCAUUCAUAGUCGUUGUCUUCGGACUAAUCAGAGAGCCAUAACAAAAAAAGAUGUCGUCUUCCUUCACUGACUCGUUCGACCAACUCGGUGCCGACUCCCCAUCUGCCGAUUUCACUGACUCCUUUGACGAUGGUUACCUCGUCUCAGACCCAUAUCAGCAAUUAGACUCGUUUUCGAACGUCACGGAAUCGGAACCGGCUGCCGACCCCUCCUCUCCUCCGUCAAUUUACGUCUCCACUGGCGCAUUCUCCUCCGAUCCGCUAGACUUCUCGGCGGAAUCGAAUGAUAAUGGUCCAAUUUUGCCGCCCCCAGCGGAAAUGGUACCUGAUGAGGGUUAUGCUCUCAGAGAAUGGAGAAGGUUAGAUCUUUCCAUUUAUAAUCUCAUUUUGUUACUUUCAAUCGAAUUUGGUUUACUUAAGGUUAAAUUUGAAGUUUUGCAGAUCGAUUUUCUAGUUAAGCUUUAUAUUAAAUGGUAUGAUGGGGGUAGCAAGAUGCCCGAUAGCAACUCAGGAGCCUCGCCAGUUGGGGGAGGAGGUGGUGUAGAAUGCAAAAGUAGGGAGGGAGUGGAAAUGAUGAGAGGAGUCAGCAAGGUGGGGAAUGGGUAUGUGGAAAAGGAGAAGAGGCCUUCGGUUGUUGUGGUCCAAGGGCCUAAGCCUGGCAAACCAACUGAUUUAGCAAGAAUGCGACAGAUACUUGUAAAGCUUAAGCAUGAUGCACCUCUGCACCUGAAGCCUUCUCUGGCAGCAGCACCUCCAACCACCAAAGAUCCAGAGGCUGCUUCUGUGGCAGUCUCAGUUGAGCCGAUGGCUGUUGCAUGAUUAUGGUUUUUAUAUGUUAGUAUUGAUUAGAUUAGAUUAGAUAUGAAGCUUCAUUUUCUUCUCUUUCUUGCUGUAAUGUCACUAGACGUAUAAAAUGUGGCAUUUUAGACUCCAGACAAGCCUUUGAUUUAUGUUAUCAGUUUUAGUUCAAAGUUGAUAAUAGAAAUUUUUUGUCUGAUUUGUGUUCCCAAA